CUUCACGGCGACUGUUCACGCGCCUGUCCGUAGACGUGAACGGACGUUCAAACGGAGCUUUUUAACUUUUGUCGUUAAACCGGCUUUUAGGGUGACGUUUCCGAGUUAGCUUAACCGGAAGCGCUUCUAAUGUUCCGAUCUGACAUAACAUGUCAGAGGAUGAAUAAAGUCAGCAUGAUGAGCGGCACCGUCCAGCUGCUGACUUCCCGGAUCAGCGUCCGUCACGGCUGUCUUCUGUCGGCGCGGCGCUCGCCGGCGCUCCGGUGGCUCAGCUCGGGUCACCGGAUGAGCCGCGGCCUGAAGGAGAGCUACCGCCUCCUGCAGCUGCCUGAGGAGGGCAGCAGCACUCCUGCCCAGGUGAGGCAGGCGUACCUGCGCCUGGCCAAGCUCUACCACCCAGACUCAGGCACGGCCACGGCGGACGGCGUGCUGUUUGCGCAGGUGGAAGAGGCCUACCGGGCCGUGCUGACCCACCAGAGUAAGAUCGGACACAAAGAGGCCGAGGAGGAAGAGGAGGACGAAGGUAAGUCCAGAGGAGCGGCGCUUCAGCACAGACACUACCUCAGCUUCGAUGGCGUGGGCUCGGGCACCCCCAGCCAGCGGGAGCGCCAGUACCGACAGGUCCGUGUUGACCGAGCGGCCGAGCAGGUUCUGAGCUACCGGCAGAGGGAGCACGAGAGGGGAGCGGCGGGCGACGGCGCGCUGGUGGAGCGGGACACCCGGCAGCGCAGCCGCAAGAUCAAGAUCACCCAGGCGGUGGAGCGUCUGGUGGAGGACCUGAUCCAGGAGUCCAUGGCCCGCGGAGACUUCAGGAACCUGAGCGGCGCCGGGAAACCCCUCAGUAAGUUUCAGCACAACCCGUACGCCGACCCCAUGACCCACAACCUCAACCGCAUCCUCAUCGACAACGGCUACCAGCCGCCGUGGGUCGUCACGCAGCGAGACAUCCGCGAGGGCGCCGCUCGGAUCCGGGCCCGCCUGCUGGAGGAGAGGGCCCGGCUCGGCGAGCAGAUGACCGCCGGCGAGCGGCGGCGGUGGGAGGAGCUGUGUGCGUCUGCGCAGGAGGAGCUGCUGCGGCUCAACAAGCUGGUGGACAACUACAACCUCAUCGUCCCCAUGCUCAGCAUGCAGAUGGUCCACUUCAGCCUGACCCGGGAGGUGGAGCGGGCCGCCAGAGGGGCGCAGCAGCGCCGGCUGGAGGUGGAGGAGGAGCGACAGAGGAGGAAGGAGGAGAAGAGAAGAGCCAAUGUAGCGAUGAAGAGCAAAACCAGCAGAAAACCAGGACUCCUGUCAUGGAUGAGGGCUUGGAUUUCCCACUGAAACCCAGAUUCUGUUCUGGUUCUGGUUCUGCUCAGACUUACAGGAUGACAAGACAAACGAGUAACUGCAGACUAAAACUGUGACCUGUGUCAUGACGAUAAGUCAUUGUUCCUGAUUUUUCCGCUCAUCCACAUCACUUUCUUCUGAGAAGCUGGACUCGAUUCUUCCUCCGUCCUUCAUUUCACAGCUUGAUCUUCACUCCUCGUCUUCCUCCUCUUUUUAUUUAAAAAAACGCUGAAGUCUGCAGGAAUAGAAAGCCACAUUUAUCUAGAAAAAGCUCAGUUUGAGUCCAGCUGUUCAGUAAAUGUGAUUUAAAUGCAACAAAACAUAACUAGGUAAAACACUAGAGUGUCAGAUGUUUUCACACUGAAACAUGGAAUCUACUUUAGUGAUUCUUCAAACAGACAGAAGGAUGAAUGAAAAGGCUUUUAUUUGGCUUUCCGGAUGGAUUUUUGCUGACUGUGUGUCUGUUUCUGACUGUUUGAAUCAUUCAGACACUUUAUCCUCAUUUGUUCAAAUAAAAAAUAAAAUUCACCAAGAGAUGCACACAGUACCCAGCGAAACUGAACUGUGGACAAAGUGAAUGAUGAUUAUUAUGGGAUGGCCACAGGAUCUACGCCUUCGCCACCAUUUUGUGACAAAGUGGAAAAUUUGGUAAAAAAAUAAAAAAAACUUUGAACUGA